AUUCCAAGCUUCGAUUUUCUUUACCAAAGCAAAGCUCAAAGCUACCAAAGCUCAAAGCUGCUAGUCGCCAUUACUUAUUAAUCAAUAAUUUAGAUUAUUUUAUGCAAUUAAUAAAGGAUUUAGUGCUCAUUAUAUAGUGUUGAAUUGUUCUACUGUGAUGAUUCGAACAACGGAAUAAAACAAUACUCAUACCUGUUGAAAAGUGAUCUUUAGUAAUGUCCCGAAGUCGGCAUGAAAAUCCAGACUGUAAAGUUUACAUCGGAGAAUUAAGUUUUAAUGCUUCGAAACAAGACGUCGAAGAUGCAUUCUCAUAUUAUGGUCCAAUACGUAACGUUUGGGUGGCUAGAAAUCCACCCGGUUUCGCAUUCGUUGAGUUUGAAGAUGUUAGAGAUGCCGAAGAUGCAGUCAAAGAAGUUGACGGCAGAAGAACUGUAUGUGGAAGACGUGUUCGUGUAGAACGUGCUGGCAAUAGACGCGGCGGAGGUGGUUUUAGAGGACGCCCUUUCCGUGGUGGCGGUGGUGGUCGCCGAGGACGACCUUUCCACCCCGAAGAUCGAUGCUUCGAUUGCGGAGAUCGAGGACACUAUGCCAGAGAGUGUAGAACGCACCGACGUGAAGGUCGGCGGAGUCGAGGCCGAGGCGGUGGCCGAUCCUACAGCAGAUCAAGAUCACGUUCUGGGUCACGCGAUCGCCGUACAAGAUCCCGCGAUCGCCGUUCAAGAUCUCGUGAUCGUGAUCGUCGCAGCAGAUCGCGCGAUCGUCGAUCUAGAUCUCGUUCAAGUUCCCGUUCACUAUCUCGUACUAGAAAUAAUAAGCAUAGCAGAUCUCGUUCCGAUUCACCACGUAAUAACGACCGUAAAGCCAAAUCGAAGUCUGUAUCUAGAUCACGUGAUCGAUCAGUUUCCAAAUCGAAAUCUAAGUCGAGAGUAUCCAGAUCACGUGAUCGAUCAGUUUCCAAAUCGAAAUCCAAGUCGAGAGUAUCUAGAUCACGUGAUCGAUCAGUUUCCAAAUCGAAAUCUAAGUCGAGAACUCCGCCGCCUAGGAAAGUCAGUUCUGGAUCUCCUACGAGAAAUGGCGACGCUUAAUUCUCUGAUACCUUUUUGUUUUGCUGUGCUAUUUCUCAGCUUCACGAUUCAGUUUAAAAUUCAAGCAUCCUUCUUAGACGUGAUACAGAAAGUCCUGACUUCUAAGUUUACACCGACGAACAGUUAGCCUGGUUAAUUUUCUAUUAUUCUAUUUAUUAUCAUUUGCAAUAAUUUUUCCUUUUUGUUUUUUUACCUUUUUUUUCGUUUUGUGUGUUAUUUUACUUUGAAAUGAAAAAUUAUACGUUUAACGCUAAA